CUCCUCAACACCACAUACCAAUCACCAGUAAUAAUCUAGUCACAUACGCACACCACAACCAUGGGAUCCUCAGCUUCCAAACCAGCCUCGCGCGCCGCCAAUGCCGCAGCAAAAGCAACCCGCCAAUACCCAACCCGCCCAUCUCCCUCAACCUCAGCACCAGCAGCACACCCCAGCACAACAAACAUGCCUUCCCGACCCCCUCCGCCACCAGCAGCAAACCACAUACCCGGUCCCACAGUCCACCCUCAAGCCCGCGCAAGUGGCCAGCGCAAUGAAGAAAUCAACCUCGAUGCAUCAGAUCCUGAUUUCGCUCGCUCGUUGAGGCAAUUAGGUGCAGUGCAACCGAAUCCUACACUUUCGCCUUCCUCGACAUUUGCCGCGCACCCAUCAUCGCAUUUCCCGAAUCCGUAUGGACAGCAAGGUGCCAACACUACAGCGCCGCCGCAAAGAUUGAAUCCCGCAUUGAGAGUGCUACAAGCGCGUGCAGAGUUGGCCGGUGAGGCGGAAAGAGAAUUCUUGGAAGCUGGAAAGAGAGGAAGUGCUGGAAGGAGGUUCUUGGAUGUUGGUACGUUGAGGAGUGUGGUUACGAUGAGAGAUGAGAGGGGUAUGAGUAAUGAGGAGAUCGAAAGGGUGUUGGGUCUGAGGAGUGGUGCUGUGGCUAAGCUCGGUCCUAAAGGUGUGGUGGGUGUUGAAGGUAUUCAGCUUGAUGAUUAAGGAGGCGAGAGAAGAAGGUGCAUACUUCAAUGAACGAGCAAACAUAAACUGUAUAUUACUGUAACAAUAGCUAAGGCAAUCUUCAUUGCCGAUCUCAUCCUCGACGCCAGCCAUCUUCAUGGCUUGAUCUCACAAGAGUAAAAGAGUGACUCUGUGUCAAUCUCCAAGCAAAAGGGAAUAAAGAAAUACAUG